CCAGUUGUACCCUGACUACCGCCUCAAGACAAUCAGUUGAAAGUGAGAUUCAAAAGUGAAUAUUUCGAACUUUUAUGCACAUACCAUAUAGAGACUGAGACACAAAAUAUGCAUUCAUUUGCACUUUAGUAGUGACUGUCUUGAACGAAUUUUGUGUAAUUUUUAGUAAAUAUUUAAAAUUAAAGUGAAAUGAGGAAGAUGGGAUCAUCGUAUGAUGUUUCGAAAAGAGACUCAACGGGUGAAAGUGCACCCUUGAAGCCUAGGGAUCGACAACUUUGGCGGGAUCUUGUAGCCUAUUGGAUUCUAGGGCUGUGCAAUAACUACGGAUAUGUAGUAAUGCUCAGCGCUGCUCAUGACAUUCUUGCAAAAUUCGAUGAGAAUCCUCACGACGAACCAAAUCAUGAGUUCAAGAGAGAGUGCAAUUACAUCUCCACAGGAGCCAUCCUCUUAGCAGACAUCAUUCCAGCCCUUUGUAUAAAAUUCAGUGGACCCUUCUUGCCCUUUUUCGUACACAUUCGUGUGAUUGUAUGCUGUGGUCUGGCUGCUGCUGGCUUCCUCCUUGUUGGAUACGCCACAGUGGAAUGGGUGGCGAUUGUGGGAGUAGUUUGCACUUCACUAGCCUCAGGACUUGGUGAACUAACUUUCCUCGCGUACUCUUCCAAGUACAAUAAGAACGUCGUGUCGACGUGGUCUUCUGGCACGGGAGGUGCUGGAAUUAUUGGAGCAUUGUCAUACGCUGGUUUAACCAAUUUAGGAUUGGACACUACUCAAACACUCCUAGUAAUGCUCAUUGUUCCAGCUGCUGAAGCUAUAGCCUUUUGGAUAAUUCUACGGCAUAAUCACCAAGCAGCAGCAGUUACCAAUGGCUGUGACAACCCUGUGACUGUAAGCGAUUCAAAUAGCAACUUCCAGAAUGUUCAAGACAGUAAGCACGACAGUCAGGAAGACGUUGAAAAGACUCAAGUAUCACCUUAUGACGAGGAAGAUACACCACUGAUCGGCUUCAAACAGAAGAUCAGAUACGUUCCCAAAAUGUUCAAGUAUAUGAUUCCAUUGACCCUCGUCUAUCUCUUUGAGUACUUCAUUAAUCAAGGAUUGUUCGAGCUGGUUUAUUUCCCGGGCAUAUGGCUGGACCAUGCUAAUCAAUAUCGAUGGCUCCAAGUUGACUACCAAAUCGGUGUCUUCAUCUCACGAUCAUCCGUAAACAUAAUCUCUUUCAAGAGAGUCUGGAUCAUGGCAGUACUGCAACUUAUCAACGUUGUAAUUUUCCUGUUCGAGGUCUUUUACUCAUUUAGCCCCAGUAUUUGGCUCAUCUUUGCUUUCGUCUUCUGGGAGGGUCUCCUAGGUGGCGGAGCUUACGUCAACACCUUCUAUCGCAUGUCCAAGGAGCUACCACCAAAUAGAAAGGCCUUUGCCAUAAGCAUUACUGCUGUAUCGGAUUCAGUCGGAAUUGCUCUAGCCGGUCUCGUAGCUAUUCCGACUCACAAUGCCAUCUGUAGACUUCCUGGAGGAAGGUGAAAACAGUAAAAAAGAUCAAAUUAUGCGAUAAAUCGUAUAAGACAUUUAAAAUUAAUGUAUAAAAUAAACAAAUUUCAUAUAAAUUAUCUUGACAUUCUGUUAUAAGUAUCACUUAUAACUACUCCAUAUUAAACGUAAUUUGAAGUCUUAAAUAAAUAAUAAAAAUAAAUACAUGAAAAA